AUGGAAAGAUUGAAAACCAAGGUUACCUCACCGUUCUAUGAGCAACAGAUCAAGGAGAUCGUGAAGACGAUUUGCGGCACCCUUGAGAAUGCCAGCGAUGAACUCUUUCUCUAUGGCUUUGGUCGUGGUGCUUUCAUUGUCAGAGCUGUCACGGGUGUUCUGCACACCAUGCAACUUCCAACGAGAGCAGCGAUGAAGAACUUUGAUGUUAUCUACAAAGCGGGGAUAGACUGCUUAAAGGCCCGACGUGAGGAUGACAACCUAAAUGGGCCUAAGAUGCUUGAGUUUCUCUCUGCGCAUACCACUCUGUUCCCUCGGAUCCGAUUUGUGGGCGUCUUCGACACGAUUGGCUAUACCGCUGAAGGAAACAUGCACGACCUGUCGAUGGUUAGCUCCAUUGACAACAUGAGGCACGCCAUAGGAAUCAACGAGACUCGUUCACAAAUGAACCCCAUCCUCAUCGACAAUCCAUCCCCGGAGGAGAUGCGCCAAUCAACCUUGAUUCAAGCAUGGUUCAUUGGUGGCAACCAAGACUUAGGUGGCGGGUCUUUUGAGGACGGAUUGUCUCUUUAUCCUCUGCAGUGGAUGAUCCUUGAGAGUAUGAAGGCUGGUUUAGUCCUACGCUUCGAGGAGCCUAAGGCGGACGGCCCCCCGAUGCCCAACCCUUUGGCGCUCAGCUUCCCCCAUUUCGCCGGUGAUGUACCAAAGUUUAAUGGGGAUGAAGCUAUUGAAUGGCGAAUUUCGUACACUAAUGACAUUUCUAUCUCUCUAUAUGACCUACAAAGUGUGCAUGGUCUCUCGACGGCGGCAAAAGACCAGGCACACGGCAUUCGCAUCAGCCAUACCUCGAACUUGUACAAUACCCAGAGGAAGAUAUUUGGUUCCAAGACUUUGAUCAAUGCAAAGUCAGCACCUCUCGAAGGUUUAAUUGGAUGGAACGACCAAGGUGAGAAGCGGAGUGCUUACGGCACCAUUAUCCACCCAUCUGUGUAUUGUCUGCUCGACCGGCAUCCUAGCCUAUACGAACAAGCACGGUUCAAGUCACUCAAGGCAGAGCUAAGCGAUUUUCGCGACAACUGUCUCCGACAAGAGGGGGAAACCCUCCCCCCAUGGCUCGAAGGCAUGGAACUUCAGGCCAGCGGCGUCAAGGCCUUCCGCAUCCUCGUUUGUGGCAAGACAGGAGUAGGGAAGUCGACUCUGAUCAAUAAGGUCUUCGGCCUAGAGAUGACGGACGAGUCCACAUCCUACCAACAGGGUGUGCACGAUAUCAACAAAGCAUUUGAAUCACCAAACCACCCUGGGCUCUUGCUCCAUGACUCAAGAGGAUGGCAAGCAGGCAGUGAUACGGAGCUGGACCUCAUUGCUAAGUUUCUCCGCCAUCGUGCAUUUCAGAAAGACCCUGCCCAAGCCUUACACGUGAUCUGGUUCUGUGUAGACUCAGAUGUCAGUCGCAUCGAAGAGGCUGACAAACGGACAUUUGCAACCAUUGCUCAAUAUUCCAACCACGUGCCGGUCUUCAUUAUUGGGACGAAGAAAGACAAGAUGGUAGCUUAUCGCAAGAUGAAAUUACUUGAACAGUACAUGGAGAAGACCAAUGACUUUAAAGAAUCCAAUCGAUUGGCGACUGAAGAGGCUAGUCAACAGGCGGACGAUCAAUUUAUGGUACUCCGAGAUGAACUCUCACGCCUACCUCAUUACAAGGCAGAUGGCUACUGUUGUUUAUCAAAAGACGAUAUGAACGGCAUCAAAAGUCUUCUGUCACAGACGCUCGAACUGAUAAGUGAUGACAGGGUCCGUCUCUUCUGUGUGGCGGCGCAAGUCGUAGAUGUCGAGCAGAAGAUUGACUCGGCAAUUACAGAAUGCAUGCGACUGGCAACACAUGCGGUCCGCACCGCGAUGGUACCGCUACCGUUCUCUAGUGCCGUUGGUACGCCGACAGUAGCAAGAAUUCUCUGUGAACACAUGCUUCUCUGCUUUGGGUUCCCGAAAGUCAUGCCUGACGAGGUUGAAGCAAUUAUGCUCAAGGUUUUAUUUGGUCACCUGAAGACCUUCAUGACUGUGACGAUGAUUGAGUUCGUCGCGGUCUCAGCAAUUACAACAGGCCUUUGCGUUGGUACAAUGGGUGCUGGAGGUGUCUUUGCUUUAUCGCUUUGCGCUUUAGCGGCCCCUCCAACGGCAAGAAUGUUGUUCAAAUGUGCGGCGGAUCUGAUUCUCAUCCUGGAACGAUCCUUUAGAUACAAGUCAAAAUUUGUUAGUAUUAAACAGAUAGAGGAUGCCGCCAUUUACUAUACGACGACCAAGAUGACUACCUUUGCAGGCAAGGAGAAGUUGCUGCAAACUCAUGUGCACGACGAAAUUGAUCGCAUGAUACCUCUGAAGAGUGUGAAGAUUGGAUUCAGAUUCAGCAGACUCAGAGAGGGUCUAGAGAACAUCAUUUACAGUAACAGAUUUGAGAGGACAGAUCCUGACAUGAGAGACAGCAUGUCAAUACCAGAACUUCCCAGUGGCAACCAGGUUGCAGAGCUGGAUGCAAAACCGAUAGUGGCGGAAUUGCCGGGUGACCAGACUCAGAUAGCAGAAUUGCCAGCGGAGGUCAGCUUCCCAGUCCGAUACUCUGGUGGUAAUCCUGAUACCAAGUCCCAAACGGCUACCAGCACGACAGUUGUGUCAGAUACGCCAAGUUGGGAUGAUACAUCGACGCUAGCACAUUCCAUGAGUGAUAUGGGCUUCAGAGGGAUGACGUCGCCUACAUCAACGAACUCUCCAGUAUCACCUAUGACGCCUUCCCUUGAGAAACAGAAGAGCGGUGGUGCCUUUUCCAGAAGUAUGAAGGCGAUGGGACUUCGGAAGUUCUCGUCGAAAAAUGUGCUGUCCAAGACCAAGACUGGAUAG